UGAGUGAGUCCUCCUGCCUGUCAGACCAUCUUUGACCAUAUUGUUAGCGGCGAGGCACUGUCAACAGUAAAGAUGAGCAGCCACAUUUAACGAAUUAAAUAACGCUUGUGUUAUCUGCGUAUAAGCUUGACUAGAGUUAAGAAGGGAGAAAAGGCAGCUGCACCCCCAGUCCUCGGCCUGAUAUUCUGAUGGAAAAAUAACCCCCACUGAUGGAACCCCAGAGGGAGAGCAGCUCUGGGAAUGAUAGUGGUAAAGAGCGAGGCCUGCUCCACACCUGGAAGGGUUACUCCUGCAGUUUGACCCCAGAGAAGCUGCUCCUUCCUCGUCCAGUUCUUCAGGUUGCCCUGGGCUCACGGCAUGGAGUCCUGCUGCUUGAUGGUGGACUGGUGUACAGCUUUGGAGACCUGCCGUGGAAGCAGAGUCAGGUACCAGAGCCUGCUCCACCAAUCCUGGAGAGCACGCUCAGCGGUCAGAGGGUAAUCGCUGUGGCAGCUGGGAGUUUCCACAAUGGAGUAGUGACUGAAGAUGGUGGUAUCCAUAUGUGGGGGGAUAAUGGUAUGGGACAGUGUGGGCUGUCUGGCCUCAGCACUGUCCCAAACCCAACUCCAGUGGCUGUGAUGGACUCUGAGAGCGGCCCAUUGAAGACAGUGCCUGUGCUGGAGCUGGCCUGUGGGGAUAAACACACCCUGGCGCUGUCUGUCCAGCGGGAGGUGUGGACAUGGGGCAGCGGGUGCCAGCUGGGUGUUAACUCACCUGUCUUUCCAGUAUGGAAGCCACAAAGGGUUGAGCACCUGGCAGGGAGGUACGUUCUCCAAGUCACUUGUGGGGCUUCUCACAGCCUGGCUCUGGUGCGUUGCCUAGGUCCACAGGAUGUCCACAGGCCUCCUGUGGACAAAUGCAGGCAGUGUAAUCAGCUGCUGUACACUAUGACAGACAAAGAGGACCACGUCAUCAUCUCUGACAGUCACUAUUGCCCAUUGGGUGUAGAACCAACGGAGGAUGAGGGCAGACUGGAGGCACCUACUCCCAAUGCAGGACUCAAAGCAUCUCCAUCAGAGCCGGUCCUUCCCUCACAUACCUCCAAGUUAAAAUCUGAUUUCCCUGCACUUCCUAAAAGUGAGGACCCCACACUCAUGCAAGACACGGAUAAAGGGGAAUCAGCUUUAACUAGCGUCCCUCUGGCAUCGAACACCUCAGCUGAGUCUAAAGAUGGUACUGUUGUUAAAAGUUCUCUGUAUCCAGAUGAACAGGCUGUUAAAGAUUACCUCAAGAAACUGUCUGACAACACACAAGAAGAAGCAAAUAUAACUGUUGAUGGGCUUCACAAGAUACUGCCCUCAUCAGAAAACCUCCCCUCCACCUCCAGCUCCACACUUAACAACUUGGUGGCCUCCUGUGCCUCAGCAGUGGGUGAGCGUGUUGCCUCCACCUAUGAGGCCCUAUCACUCAAAAAGAUGAUGAACCUUUACCUGCCGUCAGGAGGAUUAAAGUCGGGGGGAGCGGUAGGACUUCUAGGAACUGCUCCUGGAGUGGGCGAUAAUGCCACUGAGCACGUCCGCCAGGAGGACUCCAUGCACGGGAAGAAAAGCUCCAGCACAGGCGACAUCCGUGAGGAGGAGGGGGAAGGUGUGCGGCGCCGCCGCUCACUGCCUGGACUCCUCUCACAGGGUAGAUACGCUGUUCACCUCUUAUCCUCCUCCUAUACCCUGCUGCUAUCUCCCCGGCUGCUGAAGAAAGUGGGGCGUGUUAGAAUGCCCUCUUUCGCUCUCACUCCACUAGAAGGGGGGGUCCCAGAGACCCAGGAAGUGCUCCCAACCCUGCAGACGGAGGUGUGGAGCUGGGGCUAUGGUGAGCAUGGACAGCUGGGCCAUGGAGACAGCCAGGCCAGAUCACAACCUCUGUGCAUCAAGUGUCUGAACAACAAGGAGGUGGUUCGGGUGGCAGCAGGUGCUCAUCAUUCCCUCGCACUAACUGCUCAGUCUCAGGUGUUUUCAUGGGGCAGUAACUUGUCUGGUCAGCUUGGACACAUGGAGUCACCCAGCACCAUUCCCCGCCUUGCCAAGCUGUCAGAGGGCAUCCGGGUGUGGGACGUGAGCGCUGGAGAGAGACACACCCUCCUGCUUGCAGAUGGAGACUGCAUCCAGCCCAUCAUCUAUUACAGUGGGCAGCAGGUGAAAGAUGGGGAUAAAUACAUCAGGGAGCUGGUUCAACAGGAAGAAAGCGAGGAAAAAGAGGAAUGGGGAGUGGGCUACACACCCCAGCCUGUACUAUUACCCUUCUGCAUGAAUCUGGGCUAUGUGAGCAGUGUGUGUGCAGGUGGCCAGCGGUGUAUGGCUCUCUCAGACAAGAAUGUGAUGGGAUUCAUCGCCAGUCUUCAUGAGCUGGCAGCAGCUGAGAGGAAGUUCUACUGCAAGUUGUGUGAUAUUAAGACACAGAUAAUUCGCCCCCUGCUGGAACUCGACUCAUUGAGCUUGGCCCUCGGCCAGGUGACCCUUGGGCUCCUGCAGACAUUGGCGAGCAGAUUCAGCCACUUGUGUCACCUGACAGGGCAGCAUGCCACCAGUCUUACUGUCAAUCUGCGACGUGUCCGUGAUGUUAAAGGUCUGGUUGUCCUGGAGCAUGCUGGAAUCUUCCUUGACUCCUAUCAGGAGUACAGCAAUUCUUUGGGCAACUUCCAGGUGAUGGGAGGUUUCCAGGCCCUCACCAAGCCCUCACUAGAUUCCUUUGGAAAGAGUCUUGAGUUGCUGCAAAGGCUUACAGAAUGCAAUGACGAGAACCCCUCCAUGACCAACCUCCUGGUAGCACUGUUCUACUUCCCAAUCAGCCAUCUUAAUAAGUACAACAGGCUGCUGCUGAAACUGGGCACCUGCUUUGAAGUGAGCUCUAGUGAUUACCAGAAACUGCAAGACAGCUGCUCCAAGUUUGAAGCUUUAGAUCUUCAGCUGAAAAGAAAAAGGAAAGAAGCCGAGUACACGCUGCACUUCUGGAAAAGCUUCCCUGGCAAAAUGACGGACUCCCUGAGGAAGCCACACCGCCGUCUGAUCUGCGAGAGCAGCAACAAAGCGCUCACCCUGCAGAAUGCUGGGAGGUUCUCUGUCAACUGGUUCAUCCUGUUCAAUGACGCACUGGUCCAUGCACAGGGCGUGGCACCUUGUAAGAAUCUUUUCUCCACCCAUCACGUCUUCCGUUUGGCUACCCUGUGGGUUGAGCCAGUCCCAGAGGAGAGCACUGGCAUACAUGGCUUAAAGGUGAUCACACCAGAAGAGACAUUCACCCUGCUGGCCUCCUCUCCUAUGGAGAAGUCUAAGUGGCUUCAAUUCAUCAACCAGGCAGUGGGCCAGGCUUUAAAUGGAACCGGUCAGGACACUGUGCCUCUCAGCUCAGGUUUGGCUCAAAAAUUAGAGCCUCCAAAUUCCAGGACAGCCUCCUACACCUUUUAUAAAGAGGGACGUCUAAAAGAGGCAACAUAUGAAGGCCACUGGCUCACUGGAAAGCCCCAUGGCAGGGGAGUGUUGAAAUGGCCAGAUGGUAGAAAAUACACAGGGGAGUUCAAGAAUGGACUGGAGGACGGCUUUGGUGAAUUUGUUGCUCCCAAUAAGACACCGAACAUAAAUGAUUCAUAUCAAGGACAUUGGAAGGAUGGCAAGAUGCACGGCCUAGGGAAAUACAGGUAUGCCAGUGGGGAAGUUUAUGAUGGAUCGUUUCAGGACGGCAUGCGUCACGGCCAUGGCAUGCUACGUAGCGGCAAACUCAACACCUCCUCUCCCAGUGUUUUCAUUGGUCAGUGGCUACAGGACAAGAAGACCGGCUACGGAGUCUUUGACGAUAUCGUAAAAGGGGAGAAGUACAUGGGCAUGUGGCAGGACCACAUACGCCAAGGCACUGGCGUUGUCGUCACUCAGUUUGGCCUUUACUAUGAAGGAGCCUUUAAAGACAAUAAGAUGAUGGGUACUGGAAUCCUACUCUCUGAGGAUGAUACAACUUAUGAAGGAGAGUUUUCUGAUGACUGGACCCUCAAUGGAAAGGGUGUGCUGACUAUGGCGAAUGGUGACUACCUGGAGGGCUCUUUCAAUGGCGAGUGGGGCUCUGGCCUUAAAGUGACUGGCUCUUACUUCAAGCCACAUCUGUUUGAUACUGACAAAGAAAAGACCCAAACUGUAAAGCUGGGGCGUUUAUGUGUAUGCGCGGAGGACAAGUGGCAGGCUGUGUUUGAGGAGUGUUGGAGGCAGCUAGGUUGCGAGGAGCCAGGCCGAGGAGAGAACUGGAAAGCCUGGCAGAACAUUGCUGUAGCCCUCACCAGCAGCCGGCCACACACUCAUGACAGUCCUGAGAUGUUGUCUCGAAGUAACAAUAAAACCCUCAAAAGUCUUGAGGUGAUCCCGCUACACACAGGAUCAAUCACAAUGGAACGAUAUAACACCAUUCGCCUCUACCUCAUCAAGGCAUGUGACACCUCUCUCCACCCUCUGGGUCGGCUGCUGGAGACCUUGGUGGCAGUCUACAGGAUGACCUACGUAGGCGUUGGAGCCAAUCGUCGCCUCCUGCAUCAGGCUGUCACAGAGAUUAAGUCUUAUCUUUGUCGCAUCUUUCAAAUAGUCAGGUUUUUAUUCCCAGACUUGCCUGAAGAGGACGGUGUAAUUCCAGAGUUGACCUCCAGCCUUCAGGACAACAGGGAGCCAGACUCAACUGAUAUCUCACCAGACUCACCAAAACCAGCCCGGGUUGUGAGCAGCUCAGGCCUGCUGCUUCCUGUCCUGCUGCCCCGUCUCUACCCCCCACUGUUCACCCUCUAUGCUUUGGACAAGGAGAAAGAAGAUGACAUCUACUGGGAGUGUGUCCUUCGCCUCAACAAGCAGCCAGACCUUGCCCUUCUCACCUUCCUGGGUGUCCACCAGAAAUUUUGGCCCAUUUCAAUUCCUGCAACAUUGCCUGUACUGGGGGAGACGCAGCAGGUUCUCUCCAGUGCCAAGGAUGCCUGCUUCACCUCUGCAGUAGAGACACUACAGCAGAUCAGCACAACAUUCACCCCGUCAGACAAGCUGCAGGUGAUCCAGCUCACUUUUGAAGAGAUCACAAAGGAGGUUCAGUCACUGCUUAAGCAGGAUUUCCUGUGGUCGAUGGAUGACCUCUUUCCUGUAUUUCUCUACGUCGUGCUGCGAGCUCGAAUCAGGAACCUGGGCUCUGAGGUCAGUUUGAUCGAAGACCUGAUGGAUCCCUGUGUUCAGCAUGGAGAGCACGGAAUCAUGUUCACUACACUCAAGGCCUGUUAUUAUCAGAUUCAGCAUGAGAAGAUCACUUAAAUUGAUUCUGUGUCUUUGGCAAUCUGCAUGCUGCUGGCCGACCUCCCCCCUCUCAGACACUGCCAGUGGUGGGAUUGGUAAGGCCUGAGGAUGUUAAAUAGGUGGAGUCAUGAAUGUGAAGAUUACUGACAUCUCCAGCUGCUGUUGUUACGGAGCUGUUCUUCCUGACACACCAACACUCCCUAACAGACUUUUAUCCUCAGAUCAAGAAGGUACAUGUAAAUAUUUUACUGCCAGAGAUGAGCCACUUCAUACCGUCCAGUGUAAACCUGUGAAACAGAUCUGACUGACUUCUGUCUGAAAUACUGAUAUGAUGUGUGACUAAGAAACCCAAACUGAC